CCCCAAGACUGCUCGAUCGCAUAAUGGACGAAUUUUUUGUUGAUGCGAAUGAAAGUCCAGGAAAUUCCAAUUCCAGAAAUAUAAACAUAACCCGUCAGGCGAACUCACGGUGGCCCACGUACUGGUCUGUUUUGUAUUCGCUUGACAAAGCACCUAACCUGGAUCCCCCCCCAAAUUGUAUCACCACUGUGACAUAUUCUGAUGAAAAUUUGGACGCACAUUAUCUUCAAUCACAUCAGAGCAUGUCCUAUUAUAAGCGCGGGACAUCACAAUUUCACGGUUCCGAACCAAUAUCCAACCCCAACCCAAAAUUACAAUUUCUCGAAAAGUAUGCAGCAAGGAUGAAUGCCAAGUUUGCGAAUCGUCCUGGUAGAGGGAAUGACAUGUCUUCCAAUUCUCACAGUAAUGGACGUCGGAACGAAUGGCACCUUUCCGAUGUACGACAGAAAAAAACCUAUAGGAUGUUGAUAAUGCAGAAUAUUCGUUAUGGUGAUACUGAUCUUUUAAGAUUUUAUUUGGAAAAUUAUGGCGCUCCUAUUAAUGGAAUCGUUAAAUUCACACCUGAGGAGCAGGUCGGUCUCAUGCAAGACCGAGAUUUAGUAGACCUAUUAGAGAAACAUGGUAUACAUGUUGUCUUAACGGAGUGA